AGCUGGCAUGUCAUAUCCGAAUUUUAUCUGAAAAUUAGUCAAAAUAAUGUAUUAAAUUAUCUAAAUUUUAAAAUCCUUCCGGCUACUUUCGCUGUUGUUGUUGUCUGCUUCCGGGGUGGGCGUGGUUUGGCGUUUCUUUUGUGAGAGGAGUCUUCUGGCUGACUUGACGGUUUUUGCGUCUUCUCCGUGACUUUCUUCCCCAAAAACUGGUCUCGACUGCUUGGUCCACGAACGACAGCUUGAUGAAAACGAACCCGCUAAGUUAUUGUAGCUUUUGUGUCGUGUUUUGUAGGACUUUUACGUGCUUGAUAAAUCACUGCUGUUGAAUUUAGCGAUCUCGCUAGCUUGUAGCCGUCGUCCCGGUCCAGGAAAUGUCUUCAACUUUGUCGACGCUGACAAGCGCGACUUUUAAGACCACUUCCAAUUUACUGAACCCGUUUUCGCGCUGAAGUCCGGGCGACCGAACCGUCUCCGCGGAGAUGUUCGCCACGGCCACUAGGAACUUCGUGGAGGAGGUGGACGAGCGCGGAGGUUCGCUGAUCCCGAUGAGAAGCCUCAACGACUGCGUCUCGCUGCUCACCGUGGUGCUGAGCCAGAAACGCUUCUGGUUCUGGCAGAAGCCCAAACGCAAACUCACGGACUUCACCCUCAACGAUAUCCUCACAGGGGACGAGCCCAUCACGCCAGUUUUAAUCGAGACAGACUUCAUCAAAUACGUCGGGACUUACGGCGACAACAUCCAGGGGACGGCGGAUGGCGCGUUCCUGCAUUCCAACGUGAGCGCGGAGGGCAAAGAGUCUUCCAAACUCCAGUUGUUGUUCGGCAGCUUGAAGAAAGACGAAGUGGACGUGCGCAAGCUGCUGCAAGACUCCAAAAACAGGGUUCUGGACAUGUCCCACCCUCUGAUCCAGCAGACCAAGAAGAAGCGUCAGGCGCUGGGCGUGGUCAAGGAGCGCAUCGCGACCAGCCAGCCGUGCAGCGUCAUCGAGGAGCUGCAGCAGGCCGAACAGUGCGCUUGGACGCUCAGCCUCUGCGGGGCAAAGAGUCCAAAGGUGUCCCUGAAAGACAAUGGCAGCCUGAGCAAGGACAGCAACGUUACCAUGGAGAUUCCCACAAACACCACCCUGGCGUACGCCCUCAUUGACCUUGAGGUCAAGCACGACGGUCGCUAUGAGCUGUGUCUGAUGUCAGACAAGGGGGGCUUCGAGGUGGACAGUCCCGCCCAAAACGACCCCGACGUCGGCCAUCUUGCGCGAGAGCUGCAGAACCUCGGCGCUCAUUUCCAGCUGCUGUCGGCUAUCCCCGCCCGCAGCAGGUCUUCGCUGCUCCGGAACACGGCGGCCGUCACGGAGGACCGAGCGGCUCUCGGUGCUCUUCAGAGUCUGCUGGACCAGAUGCUCCUGGAUAAGAGCGCGAAUACGGACGAUGUUUCGGAGGCGCACAAACGGUUGAUCCGGCCCGUUCUGGAUGUGCUGGAAGAGUCGGAAUCCGGGUCGGCAGCCCAGGGGGAGCGCUCGGCGUCGGUCCUCUGUGCGCUUCACCUCGUCAUCAGCGCCUUGGAUGAACUGAGUUGCGAAAGUCUCGCUGCGCUGAGAGCCUGCAGCAGCCCCGAUGCGCUCAAAGUCCUGGAUCUUCUGGUCCAGGGCUUGUCGGGAAGCGGGGCUUCGCCGGCGAGCGGCGCGGACCUCUCCGCCGUGCCGGAGGACGUCUUGCUGAAGGCCGAACGUCUGUUCGCCUCCUGCGGCGUCAGCCUGGAGAGGGACGCGGCCGCCGUCCGGAUAAACCGACUGCGGCAACCAGGAAACCGCCCGCUGGUCUUGUGUAUCGCCCUCAGAGGCCUCCACUCACUGGCGCACCGUGUUUAAGGUCACAUUUUUACGACGGGCUUUCAUCCAAAAACUCCCUCAAGGCUGGAGCAACCUUUUAUAUCCUCAUGUGCUGCAAUUGUUUUUGUUUA